AUGAAUGAAGAAAAAGAAAGCUCAAAUGGGCGCACAGUUAGAACUACAAAGGCAAGUACGUUGAGAAAUGAGGCGGAAAGUAUACGAAAUAGGGGUUCACCAAAAAAUAUUCGAUUUCUUUCUGCUACAGAAUGUCAGGCGAGUGAAAAACCAGACUCUGUAGACUACGAUGCGAAUGCUAAUAAUCUUACUAUGGACGAUAUUAUAAAAAAAUAUUAUAAGUUUUCUCAAGCAAUGAAUGAUCCAGGUAGGAAGGGUUCACUUGAGUGGUUCCAGAGAGAACUAAAAAGAGUAUGUUUUAAUUCUGCGAACACUGCAGAUAAAAAAGCAGCAGAAGUGAUGCUUAAAGUACAUGAGAAGUUAUUCCAACCUAUGGAAAAGGGGAAAAAAGAAAAAAGUGAUGAAACGUCAAUGCCAGAUAAUGAAGCUCUCUAUUGGAUGGGACGUCGAUCUCUCCCUGAAAUAACGGAGAAAGAAGUUGAAGAGGCAGUAGAGAAACUAACACCAUUUGAGCGUACAAAGCUCAGUGAUGAAUUUAAUGCCAUGCAGCAUGAUGGGUUUGUGUUGAUAGAGGAUGAAAAAAUACUCAGUGAUGUGAUUGGAAAAUCCAAGAAAAAUGUUGAUGCUGUACUAACAUCAUCAGAAUCAAAGGAGGAAUAUGAAGGUUAUGAAGUUCCAAUUGAUAAAACUGAAACAUAUGAGGGUAAUUCUAUGAUAUUUGGUAAUAAUGUAUUGGAGCUUACAUAUGACGUGACUCAGUGGCCAAUGUAUGAGGAUGAUAGAAGUGUAGUGCCUCUUGCUAGUGAUUUCGGGAAUGCUAACAAUAUGGGAGCGGACCCCUUUAAAGCCUUGAAGGAAUCAGACUCAGAGAAAGAAAAAGAGAAAGAAACGAGUAGUCCUCCAGCAGCGGUGGAUUUGGAAUCUCCCGCUCCCGCUCCCGCUCCAACUCCAACUCCAACUACUACACCACCACCCCCUGAAGUAACACGAACGAUGGAACUAAACGCAUUCAUCCGCAAUCGAGUGCGUAUGAUGUUGAUAGCUAAUCGUGUGACGAUGUCUUACGAACAGGAAGUGAAGGAAGCCAUAUUAAACUUGGAGAUAGAACACACACAGGAUCGUGAAAAGGCACUGCAACGCCUGAUCGAAUCACAGAACCAGGCAUUAUUGACAGCAGUGCAAGUGGCAUCUGCCAUUCCUCUGAUGGAGCGACGGUUAAUCGCAAAGGAUGUCAGCGAUCCAUACAACAGACAACAAUGGCAACGCAACGAGUCAGUCACGUGCUGUCAGAGUUGCCACCGUGCCUUUACACUUAUCACUACACGCCACCACUGCAGACGUUGUGGCAUUAUCUACUGUCAUCACUGUUCUUCACAUGCCGGUGUUCUGCCGGACAGAAAAGGACAAACACAGACAUGCACCUCACCGUGGAAUAGACUAUGUGAUAGGUGCUACGAUAUCUGCUGUGUCCAUCGAAGACGCGUGAAUGAAUCCACGGAAGUGCCGAGAGCCGGAUAUGAACGAGAUGGACGGGCACCAAAGGACCCCAUACUCACCGUUCUCGCAUCUUGUCCAGAUUCAGAUAAGAUGACCCUGGAGGAUGGCUUACCGCCUUUUUAUGUGGUCCUUCCAGAAGAGUGGUUUGCGUUAAGCACAAUAACGUUCUCAGGUUGGGUGAAUGCGUUGAAACUAUCACCAUACAAGGUGGUUGAGAGCUUGCAUGAUAGUACAACGAGUCUUGCAAGUAAGGCCAUAUCAAAAUUGUAUCAGUGGUUGUCAGGGGUAACACCCUCCGUAGAAGACAGAGAUAAUAGGUGGUAG